AUGGAGCCUGCCACAGGCAAGCCCGGCUCCCUGAGGAGCAUUCUGGUCCGGUUGCUCUUGUUCGGUGUUCUCAUCAUUGUCGUUCGAUUCGCCUACGUUGUUACGAUUACCGGCGAGUCGUGUAAGGUCGUCGACUUUUGCUUCUUCUCCUUGCCGGAGACUUUCAAUUUCAUUAUCUCCGGUGCCGGCCCUGGAUCCUCUGCUAUUGCUGCUAACGGCGCCUUACAGACGACCAACGGGUCGGAUCUCUACACCAGCAAGGGUUGGAUAAAGGCCGUCAAUUUCUACUCCUCGGUCUUCCAGGAUCUGAUAUCUGAAGGCUACCUAUCGGAGGACUCGAAGUCCCUGUGCGUACAGACCCCUACCGGACAGGACGUCUACGCUCUGAAACAGGUUGGGGUUGAGGACUCGAUUGGAAUUUUCAAGAAAGCGUCACGGCCUUUGGUAAUUAAGGCCCUUCCUAACCGAGUCCCAUUCGACGACAAUACCUUCGACUUCGUGUUCUCCGGUGGGGGUCGUCUCGACCAGGUGUCUCGGCCGUUGGAGUUGGCGUCGGAGAUCGAACGGGCGCUGAAACCCGAAGGGUUUGCGGUGGUCCACAUUGAAGCCAAAGAUUCGUAUAGUUUCAAUUCUUUCCUUGAGUUAUUCAACUCUUGCAAGUUAAUCAAAUCCCACGAUAUAGAUGGCCUUGAUUCGUUGAUGCCUUAUAUACGCGAAAUUGUCCUGAAAAAGGAGAUUGAAAUACUCGGCCUUCGAGGGGAUGAGAAACCCAAACCCAAUGAAGAUUCGGAGACCAAGUGCUGGGUUCCGGAGCAUAAGCAAGAACUGGUACAGAACGCGGAGCCGUUGAUCAUGGAAGAGCCGUUGAAGCCGUGGAUCACGUUGAAGAGGAACAUAAGGAAUAUAAAAUAUCUAACUUCAAUGGCUGAUAUUAGCUUUAAGAAUAGGUAUGUGUAUGUGGAUGUUGGGGCUAGAAGUUAUGGGUCUAGCAUUGGAAGUUGGUUCAAGAAGCAAUACCCAAAACAGAAUAAGAUCUUUGAAGUGUAUGCCGUCGAAGCUGAUAAGGCAUUUCACGAAGAAUAUAGCUUGAAGAAAGCGGUUAGGCUGUUGCCUUACGCUGCGUGGGUGAGGAAUGAGACAUUGUUGUUUGAGAUUAAUCGAGACCUGGGCAAGAAUGGCAAUCAUAAUAGUAGAGGAAUGGGGAGGAUUCAACCCUCUGGUGGUGGUGGUAAUAAUGGUGGGGAUGUGAAUAUGAUUCAGGGGUUUGAUUUCGCGAAUUGGUUGAAGAACACGGUGACAUAA